AAUGGUAGGCCUAGUUAUAGGAGGUUGUUACGGUUGACUUGUGUUUGGUUUUAUUGGAUUACCGAUAAUAACUGCCACAGAGUUAGUUAACCUUUGUUUCAAUGUGUAGGUGGUUAAUUACAUGCACUAGAGUAUACUAGUGUGUCCAUGAAAUGUCCCAAAUCAAAUACACCACAAAAAUGUAUCAACAUUUCCAAAAAACUAGGUCAUACCUCAUGAUGCUUCUUUUUCUCUCUGUAUAUAUUUUGUGUUGCUCAAAUAGUAACAUUUUUUUCACACAAAUCAGAAAACAUGGGUUGUGAGAGUAAAUUAUGGUUGGUAUUUUUGUUGAUGAGUGGUGUAACAAUUGUUGUUGGGGAGCCCCAGGUGCCUUGUCUCUUCAUAUUUGGGGACUCUCUAAGUGACAGUGGAAACAACAACAAGUUAUCCACCGAUUGCAAAGCUAAUUACUUCCCUUAUGGCAUUGAUUUCCCUGAUGGCCCAACUGGAAGAUACACUAAUGGCCUCACUAUUGCUGACUUUAUCACACAACUAUUGGGAUUUGACCAUCUUAUCCCUCCCUAUGCUAAUUAUGGUGGUUACGAUAUCAAGGAGGGUGUCAAUUAUGCAUCCGGCUCUGCGGGAAUUCGCUAUGACACCGGAAAACAUUUGGGUGAUAAUGUGGAGUUGGAGAAGCAGCUACAAAAUCACAAGGUAAUAAUAUCAGAAAUCACUAAGCAAGUUGGAGGAAGAGUUGAGAAUGUGGAAGAAAGACUAAAAAAAUGCUUAUAUUAUGUGAACGUAGGAAGCAACGAUUUCAUAAACAAUUAUUUCCUGCCCCAACAUUACCGUUCUAGUGAAAAGUAUUCCCCUGAAGAAUUCGGUGCGGAACUUGUGAAACAAUAUUCGCAGCAUUUAAAGGCAUUGCACCAACUUGGAGCAAGCAAGUUUGUUUUGGUUGGAUUGCACCUUCUAGGCUGCAUUCCACAUGAAAUUAUUACUCAUGGCAAAAACCACUCCCUAUGUGCCACUGAAGUGAAUAACGCAUCACGUAUGUUUAAUAACAAGCUUGAAGCAUUGUCUCAGCAACUCAACAAACAAUUCUCUCAUUCCAAUUUCAUCUAUGUCAACACUCCUCUUAUGGCAUCUCAUAUCCCUCAAUUAAACCACCCCCGGGGUAAUCAAAUCGUCACAUGCUGCGAGGUAGGAUCCAAUGGACAGUGUAAAGAGGAGCAUGAACCGUGUCGGGACAGGAGCCUUCAUGCAUUCUUUGAUGACUUUCAUCCAACCGAAAUUGUCAACCGUUUCUUUGCACGUUAUUCUUAUCACUCUCCUUCUAAAUCCUACACCCUCCCAAUGGAUAUUAGUCAACUUGUUCGAUUGUAA